UGGAGCUUUUACAAACCAACACAACCGACCCAAGUCCUUCAGUCCCGGGCCGUGUGCGCAUGCAAACGCAUCGCGUUAUUAUUGAGGGAAAGGUGGGCGCAGGAAACCCGCAGUCUCCGAUGGUUCUGCUGUCUGUCAUCCAUGCGCAGAACCGAAACACAGCAACCCAGCACCUGCUAACCGAGACCACCGGGAUAUAAGAGAUACUAACACGCGGAUGGAUGGGACGAACGCUGGGAAAUGAGUUCUGGGGAAAGCAUGCAUGCUGAAAACAUUUAAACAUUUCCUGCUGACCUCGAAUAUACGGUCAUGUCUGACACCUGACAAAUCCUGCGUCCAUUUGCAACUUUCCGAAGUUCCCCGCUCCUCGGCUGGAUUCACGUUACAUCUUCGUUUCUUUCAGUUGUUCUGAGUGUAAGAAAGACGAGACGGCGACUUCAGUUGAUUAUCUGUCUUUUCUCGGUUAUCCGAUGGAUAUUCACUGUAAGGCAGACCCCUUCUCCGCCAUGCACCGGCACGGGGGAGUGAACCAGCUGGGCGGGGUGUUCGUGAACGGAAGGCCUUUACCUGACGUCGUGCGCCAGAGAAUCGUGGAGCUCGCGCAUCAAGGGGUCAGACCCUGUGACAUCUCGAGACAGCUGAGGGUCAGUCACGGCUGCGUCAGCAAGAUCCUGGGCAGAUAUUACGAGACUGGCAGCAUAAAGCCUGGAGUCAUCGGAGGAUCCAAACCCAAAGUCGCCACGCCGAAGGUGGUGGAUAAAAUAGCGGACUAUAAAAGACAGAAUCCCACCAUGUUCGCCUGGGAGAUCCGGGACAGGCUGCUGGCGGAGGGGAUCUGUGAUAAUGACACCGUCCCCAGCGUCUCCUCCAUAAACAGGAUCAUUCGGACGAAGGUUCAGCAACCGUUUCACCCCUCACCAGAUGGGACAUCUCUUUCCACCCCAGGACACACUAUAGUCCCCAGUACAGCGUCUCCUCCUGUCUCCAGUUCUUCCAAUGACCCCGUGGGCUCCUACUCCAUCAACGGCAUUCUGGGAAUCCCUCGCUCCAAUGGAGAAAAGAGGAAAAGAGAUGCUGAUGGUUCUGAGGGUUCAGCGCAGAGCAGUGAUUCUCAGGGCAGCGUGGAGAGCCUGAGGAAACAUCUGCGAGCCGAUGCCUUCACCCAGCAGCAGUUAGAGGCCCUGGACCGAGUGUUCGAGAGGCCGGCAUUCCCCGACGUCUUUCCCACUUCUGAACAUGUCAAACCGGAGCAGGCGAGUGAGUACAGCCUCCCUGCAUUAAACACAGGCCUGGACGAAGUCAAGCCCAGUUUAUCCUCCAGCACGACCUCUGACCUGGGCGCCAGCGUGUCACAGAGCUACCCUGUAGGUCGGGAUAUGGCCAACACAACCUUACCUGGAUAUCCACCUCACGUCCCACCCACCGGGCAGGGCAGCUACCCCACGUCCACACUGGCUGGAAUGGUUCCUGGGAGUGAAUUUUCAGGGAAUCCCUACAGCCAUCCACAGUACACUACCUACAAUGAAGCCUGGAGAUUCAGCAACCCAGCAAUACUGAGUUCCCCCUAUUAUUAUAGUGCAUCCAGAGGCUCCGCCCCCCCAACUGCUGCCGCUGCAUAUGACCGCCACUAGUUACCACGGAAACCAAAUUAGGCGGCACGCCCAUGGACUCGGACUUCAUAUUCUGCCAGUGUGAGCAGUGCAGCUGAUUGGACAGAGUGGUUUCAUGUGGUCACAUGAUGAAGAACAGACCAAUCAGGAACAAAAACAUCUCAACGACAAUUCAGCCAUUCACACACGUGACGAGGGAAAACUCAUAAAAAUGAACAAUAAAUGUAUAUCUCACGGACUGAGGGUAAAUAUGAUUUUUAAAACGUACAAUGGAAUUAACAUCUGCUUUUAUAAUACUUUUAUAUUUUGUCCUCUCAUUUAUAUUCAUAGGCAUUCAUACUUAAAGUGGUUCUUUUUAUUAGUUUGGAUAGACACUGCAAUGAACACUAUCGCCGUAUCACAAAUGUAAAGUCUUGUUCAUAUGUAAAAGCAUUUCAGAUGCUGUCAGUGUGCUGAUAAUGUACUUUUCAGUGUCUAUCCAAAUGUAAAAAAAAUGUCUAUGUACACUUUAUUUACGAAUACCUACAAUACGAACACAUCUGGAGAGUCUCUGACAAGGAAAACCUUCCCAACGCAUGGUAGCAGAUUCUCCUAACAGGUUUCUCUCUCAGUGUGUGUGUCUGUGGACUUCGCAAAACGAACAGUAAAACUCACACGGACUCAAAACUUGAUGCUCCACUCACUAUUACUCAAUACAGUAUGUACUCAAACUCAGCAUGGAAAUAAAAAGCAGACCUACUCCUCCCUCUCAACGCCAGCAGAAGAUUGCUAGCACACUUCUGUGAGAAACAAUCAGAUACGAACGUGAAAGAGACGAAACGGGGGACAAAUAUUUCAUCGAACAGAGAAAACUGACCUGCUGUCAAUGCUGGUACUACUGAGACCAGAUUUGAUUAUAAGUGGAAAUACUCGAAGAUGCAUUUUUUGUAUGUCGUUUUUAUAAUGACAAGGACACUACAGUAUGCAUGGAUUAUUUUCAUUCAUUAUGCAUUUUUUUAUGUGUUUAUCAUACAUCAAAUUAUGUAUCAAAUCCUCAGGAGGGAGUUGAAUUGCGACCACUGAUAUGAUAGUUUUACACCUGAUUCACUAAGGCCACGUACACACUGCAACUAAAUUCGGUUGUCAGUUCAGAUUUUAGUGCUUAAUCCUGUUCUGUACACACACUUCAGUAAAAUACGGGAGCGACAACCACAUUCUACAACCGAAUUAACUCCCGAAAAAUACAGGUAGUGACAACUGCAUUUACUGAAAUUCUAUACAGUGUUUACGGAACCGAACUGAACAACUAGUUCUUAAUGACAUUUUUUAACACGCAUUAGAGAUGCAUAUGUUCACACUGCGAGCCUUAAUGCUCAAUUCCAUUUUCUGUAUAGCUGUUUACAUUGUUGUCAUAAAUGUGGCCAAUAUCAGAUUUCCAGUGUGAACAGAUCAUGGUUCUGAACUGACCUGCAUGCGCAAAAGAACGAUACAAACGCGAUUGCCAGGUUUUUACCACAAAAUCCACUCAAUUGCUUCUCAAAACUAGUCCAAAACUAGCCCAAUCGCUUUUCGUAGGGUUAAAUAUCGCAUUAGUGCGGUUGCUUCAACCCACGGAGUUGCAAAACAAUCUGCGGCA